AUGUCUGCGGCAGGUCAACGUGUAACAUGUCGUCCGUUUUACUCUUGUGUGCCAUCAUUUCCAGUUCUUUAUCUUUCCAUUUUGUCUGCGGUGUCGUUCGAGCAACCAUCUUCCGUUUUCAGACUACCCAUCUACAAGCGUCGUCCAUCUGUUACCCUUUCGUACAACUUGUAUCGGUGUUACGACGCGUACACCGCAGCUGGCAAUCAUCUCUUCUUCUGCUCGGGUCAGUGCACACUACCGAUGGACGACUUCCAAACCGGCGAGGAGGCAUCCUUUAUUGCAGGAGAAGUCAAGAAUAUCGUUAAAGAAGUAUUGUUGUUUGUGUCUGACGCAUCGUUUAGAGUAUCGAAAGCACUGUCGGCUCGAGUACUUACUCGCACAACAAGGUUCAGCAGUGGACCUCUACGGUGAUAGAACAAUGUUUGAAUCAUCUUACGAAGUUAGGAAAGCCUUUCAAAUACGUUGUUACUUGUGUGAUAAUGCAGAAAAGCGGUGCUGGUCUCCACACAGCAAGUUCAUGCUAUUGGGACAGCUCAACCGAUGGUAGCUGCACCGUGAAGUGGGAAAACAAGUCCAUGUACUUUAUAGUGACCGUGUUCGGCUUAGCUAUCUAGGCUACUGAAUUAUGUACCGCUCUGUUCCUCUUUCGAUUAUAAUAAACGGUACCCGAUCGC